AAGUACUGUUGUUUUUCUCUUCUAUUUCUUUUUUUGUUUGUGUUGUUUUUUUUUCUUCCUUAUCGUUGUUCUGCCUCUCCUCUGUUUCGGUGCUCUGUUCACCACUUCCACGUGAGAAUGAUCUUCCUUCUUUGCAUGUUCAUUCUCUCGUGACCACUGGAUCAGACUCCAUGUUCUGAUCCAGGGUCUCUCUCUAACGCCUGUACUUUCAUCCAUGACCACCUUAAAAACAACAUGGGGGUGGUGCUGUUACACUAACUCUGUUUCUGGGGUGCUGUCUUUGUUCAAUUUUACUCAGAAAAUAUCUUUUCUUGGAUUCUAUUCGGUGUGUGGGAACAUGAUCCUGUCGGUCGGUUGUUUUUAGGUUAAUCCUUAACUGGUUACAAGGAUCUAACGCUUGAAUGCAUGUCCUGAGUUAAAGAAACAAAAGAAGAACACACCUAGUACAGCCUGGCCUCGAACCAAGAACUUCUUUCUGUUGAAGUCUUUCCCUAGCCAAUGGCCACCGAUCGUUUGACCCGGGUUCACAGUCUCCGUGAGAGGCUUGAUGAAACCCUCACUGCCAACAGGAAUGAAAUUUUGGCCCUUCUGUCAAGGAUCGAAGCCAAGGGCAAGGGCAUCCUGCAACACCACCAGGUCAUUGCUGAGUUUGAGGAAAUCCCUGAGGAGAACAGACAGAAGCUCACUGAUGGUGCCUUUGGAGAAGUCUUGAGAUCUACACAGGAAGCCAUAGUUUUGCCACCAUGGGUUGCUCUGGCUGUUCGUCCAAGACCUGGUGUGUGGGAGUACCUGAGAGUGAAUGUGCACGCUCUUGUUGUUGAGGAGUUGCAACCUGCUGAGUACCUGCACUUCAAGGAAGAACUUGUUGACGGAAGUUCUAAUGGCAACUUUGUGCUUGAGUUGGACUUUGAACCAUUCAAUGCAGCCUUCCCCCGCCCAACUCUUAACAAGUCAAUUGGAAAUGGUGUGCAAUUCCUCAACCGUCACCUUUCUGCCAAACUCUUCCACGACAAGGAGAGCUUGCACCCACUUUUGGAGUUCCUCAGGCUUCACAGCGUCAAGGGAAAGACUUUGAUGUUGAAUGACAGAAUUCAAAACCCAGAUGCACUCCAACAUGUUCUGAGGAAAGCUGAGGAGUAUCUGGGCACAGUGCCUCCUGAAACUCCCUACUCAGAAUUUGAGCACAAGUUCCAGGAGAUUGGUUUGGAGAGAGGGUGGGGUGACAACGCGGAGCGUGUCCUUGAGUCAAUUCAACUUCUCUUGGAUCUUCUUGAGGCCCCUGACCCGUGCACCCUUGAGACUUUCCUUGGAAGAAUCCCUAUGGUGUUCAAUGUUGUUAUUCUUUCUCCCCAUGGUUACUUUGCCCAAGAUAAUGUCUUGGGAUACCCUGACACUGGUGGCCAGGUUGUUUACAUCUUGGAUCAAGUUCGUGCUUUGGAGAAUGAGAUGCUCCAUCGCAUUAAGCAACAAGGAUUGGACAUUGUUCCUCGUAUUCUCAUUAUCACCCGUCUUCUCCCCGAUGCAGUAGGAACUACUUGUGGCCAACGUCUUGAGAAGGUGUUCGGAACUGAGCACUCCCACAUUCUUCGAGUUCCCUUUAGAACUGAGAAGGGAAUUGUUCGCAAGUGGAUCUCAAGAUUCGAAGUCUGGCCCUACUUGGAAACUUACACUGAGGAUGUUGCCCACGAGCUUGCCAAAGAGUUGCAAGGCAAGCCAGAUCUGAUUGUUGGAAACUACAGUGAUGGAAACAUUGUCGCUUCUUUGUUGGCACAUAAAUUAGGUGUCACUCAGUGUACCAUUGCUCACGCACUUGAGAAGACCAAAUACCCCGAAUCCGACAUUUACUGGAAAAAAUUGGAAGAGAGAUACCACUUCUCUUGCCAAUUCACAGCUGAUCUAUUUGCCAUGAACCACACAGAUUUCAUUAUCACCAGUACCUUCCAGGAGAUUGCUGGAAGCAAGGACACUGUUGGACAGUACGAAUCUCACACAGCCUUCACCCUUCCUGGACUCUACCGCGUUGUGCAUGGUAUUGAUGUCUUUGAUCCAAAAUUCAACAUUGUCUCCCCUGGAGCUGAUCAAACCAUUUACUUCCCCCACACUGAAACCAGCCGUAGGUUGACAUCCUUCCACCCUGAAAUCGAAGAACUCCUUUACAGCUCAGUGGAGAAUGAAGAACACAUAUGUGUGCUGAAGGACCGCAGCAAGCCAAUUAUCUUCACCAUGGCAAGGUUGGACCGAGUGAAGAACAUCACAGGACUUGUGGAGUGGUACGGUAAGAACGCGAAGCUGAGGGAGCUGGUGAACCUUGUGGUUGUUGCUGGAGACAGGAGGAAGGAGUCAAAGGACUUGGAAGAGAAGGCCGAGAUGAAGAAGAUGUACGGCCUGAUCGAGACCUACAAGUUGAACGGCCAAUUCAGAUGGAUUUCAUCGCAGAUGAACCGUGUGAGGAAUGGAGAGCUCUACCGCGUGAUCUGCGACACCAGGGGUGCUUUCGUGCAGCCUGCUGUAUACGAGGCUUUUGGUUUGACAGUGGUUGAGGCCAUGACUUGCGGCUUGCCAACAUUCGCCACAUGCAAUGGUGGUCCUGCUGAGAUCAUUGUGCACGGCAAGUCUGGCUUCCACAUUGACCCUUACCAUGGUGACCGUGCUGCUGAUCUCCUUGUUGACUUCUUUGAGAAGUGCAAGCUUGACCCAACCCACUGGGACAAGAUCUCAAAGGCUGGUCUCCAGCGUAUUGAAGAGAAGUACACAUGGCAAAUUUACUCUCAGAGGCUUCUCACUCUCACCGGUGUCUAUGGCUUCUGGAAGCAUGUGUCUAACCUUGACCGCCGUGAGAGCCGCCGCUAUCUCGAGAUGUUCUAUGCUCUCAAGUACCGCAAAUUGGCUGAGUCUGUGCCCCUUGCUGCUGAGUAAACUGAGGAUGAAGAGUUGGAUAAAGAAAUGGAGGAACCGGCUUUUUCUUUCUCAUUUGGAGUUUGUCGCACUUGAGUUUUAUAAAUAAUGUCCGUGAUUUUAGUUUUGUGAUUAAGCUUUCGAUAAGAGGAGAGAAAGAGAAGGAAAAAAAAAGUUGCUUUUUUUUUUUGUUGUUGCAUGAUUUGGAUCUUGAUUGGAAAAGCUUCGAAUUGGGGUAGUUUUACCCAUCAAUUCAAUUUUAAGCCGUGCCUUCUUCA